AUGGACCGCUACCUGUCCAGCCGUGCAAUCCUUCAACCUAACGAUAUCGCCAUCGAAGAUGGUUCCCAUCUCUUGAGCUAUCGAGAGCUCGACCGAGAAGUGGGCAAAUUGGCAUCAGUCCUCAAUGAAUUUCACCUGAGCCAUGAGCAGCCUAUCUGUGUCUUAGAAGGCAUUGGCUCCAAAAUGAUAAUUGCUCAGUUGGCUGUCCUCCGGGCCAGGCUGACCUGCGUGCCUAUUGCCCCAUCGAUGCCCGAGCUGCGCCUUCUGGAUAUGCUCCAAGAUACUGGUGCGGAAUAUAUCCUCACAGAUCAGAGGACACCCGACAGUAAACAUAUCACCACAAUUCCCAUAUCUGGUCACGAAGUUGAGCAUAGUGAGGUCUGUUCAUCUUCUGGAGACCGCGGCGAAUUUCGCAGCCAUAUCCUCUAUACCUCGGGUUCCAGCGGCAAGCCCAAGGCUGUACAGAUUGCCGAAAGCAGUCUACUACAUUUGGCAGUGAACUCCGAAAUCACGCCGUUACAUCCAAAAGACCGCAUGGCGGUAAUCAAUAAUCCUGGUUUCGACAUUUCUUUAUUCGAAAUCUUUGCUCCUCUAGCCGCUGGGGCAACACUUGUCAUCAUACCCCGCGAAGUAGUUACGGACCCGUUCGCAUUCCGCGAGUUUGCUGCUGAAAAGCAUCUUUCCGUUCUCUUCUUGACUGCGGCACUAUUUUCAAUUAUUGCCCAGGCCUGUCCGACUGCUUUCGCAAACGUUCGACAUGUUCUUACGGCCGGCGAAGUUGCUAAUAAGGCCGCCAUGCGGGUUGUUCUGGAGUCUUCGGCUCCACCAGAGCAUCUCUGGAAUACAUAUGGUCCGACUGAGGCGACAACGUUUUCAACAAUGCAUCUCGUUACACUCGGCGAACUAAAGCAUGAAAAUAUCGCCAUUGGGAGGGCGAUGGGAAAUACCGAAUUGCGUCUGGUAGAUGAAGAUUCCAACAUCAUCACUGAGCCCGGCCAAAUGGGCGAGAUCCUUCUGGGAGGCCCUGGCUUAACUAUGGGUUACAUUGGUCGGCCCAAAGAGAAUCAAGAUCGUUUCAUCACGCUUGAUGGAAUCCGCUACUACCGAACUGGAGACAUGGCCAAAUGGCGCCAGGAUGAUCCCGGGGUGCUUGAUUUCGUUGGCCGUGUCGAUCUGCAAGUCAAGCAUGGUGGAUUCCGCAUAGAACUGGAGGAAAUUGAACAGUUGCUUCUUUCAAGCACGCGGUUGUAUGGGGCAGCUGUUGUGCAGAUCCCUCCAACGGAUCUCGACCAUGAACCCCUCCUCGUGGCAUUUGUGAUCCCUUGCAUUGCAAACAGCAUCCGUCCCCGGGAUAUCACCACGUUUUCCCAAGAAAGGCUGCCAGAAUACAUGGUUCCACAGGACAUUGUCUUUUGUUCGAAGUUCCCUUUGACUGAACACGGCAAGGUGGACCGGAACGUGUUAGUCCAAAGGUACAUUAGGAAACGCGAAGAAAAGACUCAAUCCCGGAAGAAAGAAGGCGGAGACGAUUUGCUUUCUGUUGUGAAGGAGAUUUGGUCUACUUUGCUAAACAAGCCCACGAUCAAUGAACACGACGACUUUUUCGUUCUAGGGGGCACCUCCCUUCAGUCCGCUGCACUGAUCGCUCGGCUGAGACAACAGCUGGGUAAAGCCAUCUCUAUGCGGUCUCUGCAUGAGAAUUCCCGUCUCCGUGACCUAGUCAAUCAUCUCCAGGAGUUUACCGAGGGAGGCAACGCCCCCGACGAGGCAGAGACUUGGACUUACGAUGCACAUAUUGCCGACUCCCUAGAACCCCUUUCUGAAUGGCAAGACAGCAGCGAAGGUCGGGUAUUUGUCACCGGUGUGACUGGCUUUAUGGGCGCUCAUUUUCUCAGUCGAUUCCUCCAAAACCCAAACGUCAAGGAGAUCGUGUGCCUGGCCCGCUCCAAGGGCGACUUGAGCCCUACCGAUCGAGUCCAUAGAGCCUUACGCCGCUAUGAUCUCUGGGAUGAUUCAACUGGCCAUCUCAAGAAGCUGAUGGUGCUGGAAGGGGACAUCAGCCUGGACCAUCUCGGUCUAACGAAUGAGAAUUUUACCUGGUUAACGAACUGGGCCAGCACGAUAUUCCACCUCGCCGCCAAAGUCAACUUCUGCGAGCCAUAUGAGUCUCAUUUUGAUGCCAACAUCCUGGGUACUAAGAAUGUGCUUGAAGCUGCUCUUUCGGGACGGCGCAAAUCCUUCCAUUAUAUGUCCAGUAUCGACAUUUGGGGCCCAACGGGGCUAGUCUUUGGCACUCGCAAAGUUCUCGAAGACGAGCCUCUCGAGCCGCAUAUUCGAGGCCUUCCAUUUGACAUCGGCUACGCCCAGAGCAAAUGGGUUGCCGAGCAGAUGGUGCGGCGGGCACGCACACGAGGUCUGCCCACGGCCAUCUAUCGGCCAGGUUUUGUGGUUGGGGACUCGCGUGAUGGAUCGGGCAAUCCCGAUGACUUCUUCGCACGUCUAAUGGUUGGGUCCAUUCGCUUGGGUGCCUUCCCUAUCCUGCCAAACCAGAGGAUGGAGUACGUGACAGUCGACUACGUCUGUGACGCGACGCUGCACAUUGCCUCGCAGAACAAGAACCUCGGAAAGUCAUACAGCCUGGUUGCACCGGACCCAGCUGAUUCCGUCAAUCUUGAAAAGACAGUGGAAGUCAUUCGAGAGGCUGGGUACCCGGUCGAGCAUAUCCCGUACUGGGAUUGGGUGCAACGACUGCAAUCAACCGCCGACAAGGAAAACCCACUGCUUCCGGUAAUGCCGCUGUUGCAGGAGCCCGUCCUUGGGGGACGGUCAAGGUUCGAGACCAGCAGAAACACGCCACAUUAUGAUAGCUCGAACGCGGUGGCAGCAUUGAAGGAUGCGCCUGAAAUCGCAUACAUUCUCUUCAACUCGGGGAUUCUCAACAAAUUUUUAAGUUUCUGGGAUCGCAAGGGGUUCUAUGAGACGAGGCAAGUUCGGAAUUGA